GAGGUGAAGAUGCGGGAGCUCAGCCAGGCCAACGCCUGGCACAGCUUCGUGGGCGACGCGGCGUACGCAGCCCGCUCGAACGUGCGGAUGCCGCUCUCGGACCGGGUCUCCCCGCUGCCCCUGCGGGCGCCGGAGGGGCGGCCGCUGGCGCCCGCGGGCGUGCUGCGCUUCUCGUUCUGCGACAAGGUGAAGAUCGAGUGGCUGUGCCAGCAGCAGGAGCUCGACAGCGCGGAGUGGAUCAAGAUCGGAGCCCUGCGGCAGGGCGCGGACACGCCGCUGACCGAGUGGACGGUGCCGUCCUGGCCAGGCAACCAGCCGAUCCCGCCCAGCAGCACCCGCACCGGCCGCGUCAAGGUGCGCACCGCGGGCGGCAGCGACGGCGGCGGCGGCCUCCGCCUGAGAGCCUCGCGGCCAGCCCUGGCGCCCGAGCGCGCGGGGCAGCUGCUCACGGUAGAGAGGCGCUUCAGCAGCACCCCUGAGGAGUUCUGCGAGAGGAUGGACGUCCACCUGGGCAAGGCCACCGUGGACCCCGACGGAUCCUUCGUCUGGAGGCAACCGGGCAGCGACUCCAAGAUCAUCAUGUACGCAGAGGACAGCCGCGUCAAGGUGAUCGGGCGGCCCAACCAGGCCUGGGAGCGGGAUCAGCGGCGCAAGACGGGACUGAGCACAGGUGUGGUCGCGAUGGAGGAUCGGGACACUGACGAUGACAUCGCCCCCCUCGAGGCCGUCGUGCCGCAGGCCGCCCCGAGCCCUCCUACUGACCCAGCACAGCUAGGGCUGGCGCAGUAUAUCAUCGGGGCCCUCAACCAGUCGAUGGGGGUGAAGUUGGACGGACUGCAGACUCGUGUCGACGCCCUGCAGCGCACUUCAGAGGCUAGCAGCCGCGACAUCUCCGCGGUGCAGGCCAGACUGAGGGCGCAGGAGGUCAGACUGGAGGCUCUCGAGGCGGGCCGCUCUUCUGCGAGUUCGGUCGGACCGAGAGCGGGCUUGGGAUCUGCCUCCCACGUGAGCGGCCAGCCUGAUCCGCGGGGUGCGUACCUGGAUCAGCAGCGCGCAGGAAAGAACUGCAAGCACAUGGUGUUCGUCGCGGGCUUCCCUGGCACGUGGGAUAAGGAUGAGGUUGAGAAGCACUUGCGUACGGAGCUCGCCAGGGCGAUCUCCCUAGAGGCGCAAGGGAUCACGGAGAUCUACGGGGUGGGGCGGUUCUGCGACCAGGCCAAAGUGGUCUUCGCGAGCAAUCAAAAGAUGUGGGGUUUCAUGAAGCGCUGGAAGGGCCAGGAGAUUCCAUGCCCUGGAGCGCGCAACGACAAGCUGUGGCACAAGGUUGACCAGGAGCCCCACGAGGUGGAGCUCCCGCGGCGGGUCAGCUGCGCGGUGAGGAUCCUGCGCGAGUUCGGCAUCCAGUCGGGGUUGUGCACGGAGGAGUCGAAGCAGCGGACUUUCGACGGCGACUGGGACCGCGGACAGGUGGUUUUCCGCAAGAACAGUACGGAGAGGCCAGUUCGCCUGCUGCAGCGCUCCAGGACGUCAGACAUGCUCGAGGUCAGCACCGACGCCCUGGCAGCGGCUGCCUUGGACCAGGAGCUCAAGGACCUCAAGCUGCACGAGCGGCUGAGCGAGAUCAGCGGCCCUCCGAGGCUCCAGUGA